AUGCAUUCGCUGCUUGUUUGUGUUUCAGCGCUUUGCUUUUGUCAGCUUUUCGAAGCGGUUAAUGGAAGUGGAACCCUCUGCAAGGAUUGUCGAGUGAAUGUUAUAUAUCCUGGUAGGGGAAAAAUUCCACAGCAGCUCCCCGAAAAUCAUCUAAUAGUUCGCAUCAUCAACGAGUACAGACGAGUCAGCCGGGAGGAAGUGCAAUAUCGAGAUGAGAUCAGACUGUUAAGGUUAAAGGCAAAGGAGUUCAGCUUUAUAGGAAAGUUAAGGGUAGACAAUACCAUACGAUGCAGUGCAGCCCUGGUGGCUUCCAGUUUGGUGAUUACCUCAACUGCUUGCUUUUCAAAUGAAAGCCCACAGGAAAUUGAAGUUAUCUUUAGGAACGGAAGAACUUUCACUGUGGAUAAGAUAGUGAAACCCGACUUCUGUCCUGAGCUCAGUUUACUGCACUUGGAGGUCGCCACUGAAAUCAAACCCAUUGGUCUAUGCCAUGGGGAUCUUCCCUUGGGCAUCAGUGCCUCUAUGAUGAUGGCCAGUCCUGAUCUCAGUUUUUACGGCCGUCGUCGCACUCAAAUCAUCUCGAAUCGAGCCUGCAAGACCACAUUUAUGGAAGACGAUUCUGUUUUUAUAACCUCCAAUAUGAUGUGUGCCUUGAACUCUGUAAGACCUGAGAAAUGUGGCACUUCUCCAGGAGACGCCCUGCUGAUAGACCAUCAAUUGUGCGGCUUAAAUGCUUAUGGAUUUCGCUGUUUCGCCAAUGCUUUGAAUGGCGAUCUCUACAUAAAUCUUAGUAAGCUCCAACCCAUGAUCAACGAUUUGAUACGGAAACUUAAUGGUUAA